AUGAAGUUCUUCUACACUGCCUCUUUCUUCGCUUUGGCCACCGCUGCCUCUUGCGCUCCCAACUAUGCUUCCAAGCCUGCUGUGAACCAGAAAAUCGCCGCCCAGUGCGGUAACGAGAACCUUUCCUGCUGCAACAAGCAGAUCAACAAGGUUGAUGCCACCGGUGCUGAUACCGACUUCGGUGUCCUCAACGGCAUCGUCAAGAACCUCAACAUCCAGGACAUCUCCGUCUUCGACCAAUGCUCCAAGCUUAACAUUCCUAUCGGUGUCCUCGGUGCUGGUUUGUCCGACUUUCUCAACCAGAAGUGCAAGCAGACUGCUGCCUGCUGCCAGAACGUCAACUCCGAGGCCAACGGUGCUGUUGCCGUCGCUGUUCCUUGCAUUCCUCUCAACGUCCUCUAA